AUGGCGAAGAAGAAAAAAAUUAUAUUGAAAAUGGUGAUGAUGAUAUUUAGUGGUCGGUGGCGAAGAAGAAGAAUUGAAGGAAUUUGGGAGAUUUCAGGUUCAUUGUCUAAAUCUACUAACAUGCAAGAUAUUAGUUCCAAAUUCAAUAAUGACCCAAUUAGUUUUGUUGAUGGAGGUCUCAAGAAUACUUUUGAUGUUGUUACUGGGUCUAAUAAGAAAAGAAAACAUAAAACUGAUGUUGAUACCUUUCACAAUGAUAAAAAUGAAGUCGUUGGUUCUGGGUCAAUUGAGCAUAAGGAUGUUAAGUAUUUAGGUCAAAGAGAACCAACAAGAAUUCCGCACAUGCAGUGUUACACAAAUAUUGACGUUAUGAAUGUUCUAUCUUCAAAGCUUACUGAGUCACAAUACAGACAUAUCUAUGGAAAUACAUGUUUUUCUCAACUAUGUAGCAUUCGUAGGUGUCACGUCCAGGCACAACUAAUUAGGUGCAUGUUUUUGAAAGAAAUUGAAGGUAGCUCAAAAGAUGCAAUCCUGAUACAUGUCAACGGCACUACUCUGCUAUUCACCAUUCGCGACUUUGCUUUAAUAACUGGGUUAAAAUGUUCAGAUAAUGAGAAUGAUUUUGUCUUUAAUACUGAAGAACCAAAUAUGAUUAUUUAUCAGUAUUUUGAAGUUGGAAAACCCGUCACCAAAGUCAAUUGA